GAAGCACCAUUCUGGUUUUGCUCAUCAGAGAAGGCAAAAACAAAAAUUCAGUUUAGAGAAAGAGAGGAGAAAAGAGAAGAAGAGACAGAGAGAAUGGGUCGUUGGGCAAUAGCGGUUCAUGGAGGCGCUGGUGUCGACCCUAACCUUCCUGCACAACGUCAAGAUGAAGCCAAACAGCUUCUUGCUCGUUGUCUUAAUCUAGGAAUCUCUUCUCUUCAAUCUUCUCUUUCUGCCAUUCAUGUUGUCGAACUCGUCGUGAGGGAGUUGGAGAGUGACCCAUUUUUCAAUUCAGGACGUGGAUCGGCAUUAACAGAGAACGGAACGGUGGAGAUGGAAGCAAGUAUAAUGGAUGGGCCAAAGAGAAGAUGUGGAGCAGUAUCGGGAUUAACGACUGUUAAAAAUCCAGUAUCACUUGCUCGUCUUGUUAUGGACAAAUCUCCCCAUUCUUAUCUCGCCUUCUCUGGUGCUGAAGCUUUCGCCAAGCAACAGGGUGUGGAAAUGGUGGACAAUGACUACUUUGUCACUGAGGAAAACUUAGGGAUGUUGAAGUUGGCUAAGGAAGCAAAUGCUAUUGAGUUUGAUUACAGAAUCCCAUCCUUGGGUCUAGGGACAUGUAGUGCUGGUGCAGGAGCAGCAAUUGACAAUGGUCUACAAAUGAAUGGUCUUCCAAUCAGCAUCUACGCACCCGAAACAGUAGGCUGUGUGGUGGUCGAUAGUGAAGGUAGGUGCGCAGCUGCAACAUCUACAGGUGGUUUGAUGAACAAAAUGACAGGUCGAAUUGGCGACUCUCCCUUGAUUGGUUCUGGAACUUAUGCUUGCAAUAUCUGCGCUGUUUCUUGCACUGGAGAAGGCGAGGCCAUUAUCCGUGGGACUUUGGCUAGGGAUGUUGCCGCGGUCAUGGAGUACAAGGGAUUAGGUCUUCAAGAUGCUAUUGAUUUUGUAGUGAAAGAAAGGUUGGACGAGGGAAAAGCCGGUAUGAUAGCUGUUUCAAGCAAUGGAGAAGUGGCAUAUGGAUUUAAUACUACUGGAAUGUUUAGGGGCUGUGCCACUGAGGAUGGGUUUAUGGAAGUUGGGAUUUGGGAGUAGAAUAACAAUAAAAGCACCCUUGUAAUCCUUGUCUUUGUUCAAGGACUUUAUUAGAAACAUAAUUAUAAAAUAAAGUUGUACCUAGGUUAGAUCUCAAAUACAUGUUGCAAUAGCUUUCACCAUCUUUUCUCUGCAAGAAAAACGUAAAUGGGAUUUAGAUUUGAAUCUUUGUUUUAA